CUGAUGUCGGGACUCUUAGUGAUGUUUCCGCCGACGCCAACAAUGAAACUAUUGAUCCCGCUACUCUCGCUAUACAAGAGGUAACGCGCAAAAUGGCUUCCAAUCUAAGGACUGUGGUUGAAAAUGACGUCUUCAUACGAAGAAAAGGAGACAAGUAUUUGACAUCAAUUGUUUCGAACGCUUUCAACAAUAUAGCUGCAAAGAGCCAGUAUAUUGGAGAUGACAUGAAGAAUGACCUGAUCUUUCUUACGGAUGUUCUUGGCCUAGAAACUUUGACCUUUCCAGGAGAAUCUACUGUAGAUUUGUCAGCUCAGAUUGAAAUAUCCACUGGUGAGAUAUAUUACAUGAUGCAGUCAGUAGUCAAUGCCGCGGUACCAGACAAUUUACAACAACUACGACCGGUUAAGGAUAUAUUCGCCGGGAGAGAACAGAUAUCUCAGAUGUUGUCUAUAAUUGGAGGUGGGAUAAACCUAACAGAUACAAGCCUAAGUGACGACGAGAGGGCCUGGUUGUAUUUCCGCCUGCAGAAAAAGUUGGCGUUUCAAACAGAAGCCAGAAAAGAAAAUGGCAGAAACGCAGCCGCAAUGGCUAUUCACCUUGCUCAAAAGAACCAGGACGAGCUUCGAGUCUGCAAAACAUGCAACAAUAUAAAUAGUACAAAAACGGAGCAGCUUGUGACAAAAAACAACGCAGCAAACAUAACGAACAGUACGAUCAAAACCAACACAUCAGCCUUCCAACUGACUGGGUUAUUUGAUGCCAUUUCAAACAGCAGUGGUAGCAGAAAGAACAGAUCUCUGGAAGACAUUGCGGGAGAAGAUGUUUCAGUGUCUGCAUUUGAAUUCACAGAAAAUGUUUACAUGUAUGACACGGACGGCAUGUCGAGUUAUGUUACAUCAAAUGUGUUACGUAUCGACGUCAAAACACCAACGGCGCGAGUAACACCCGGUUGUAUUACGUUUGAACAAGACGUUAUAACGCCCGCCGCUGUAACUAUUUCUCCAAAGGACAUAGUUGACGACGAGGAUGCAUCUGAAUUUGCAUACCAUCGUUUUAUAUACGGAAAAGCAAGCGACAACUUCUGCUUGAUGGUCAAGCCAGUAAAAGACGUCACAUUUAAAUCAUACGACGUUUAUGUGGGGCUCAGUGAGUCUCCGUCCAUCAAAGUUUUUCAUUUGAAAGUUACGUUAGAUGUUGAAAACAAUUGGCAGACGUGCGUUGACUCCAGAGAUAUGACUGGACACACGGGAUCUGUCUAUUACGCUGUACAUGUACCUGGAGAAGUGAAGGAGAUCGACUAUAAUCUCACCUUGGUAACGUUGGGGUGCCUGACAUGGAACGAAAUGCAGACAAAAUGGGAAACAGACAAAUGUGAGACGGAAUGGAAACCGUCAGUAAAUAGAAUCGUUUGUAAUUGCAAAGAAGUUACGGAUCUUGUCUUUGCAAAUUCCUUUUUCGUCGCGCCCAAUACGAUAGACUUUGCGACAGUGUUUCUCAAAUUUUCUCCACUGAGCCAAGCUGCAGUACUAGGUGCUCUGUCAAGUCUACUGUUGAUAUACAUCGUGGCAGUGCUCUUUUUAAUCGGAUUGGAUAGGCGGGACCAGCUGAAGUGGGGUGUUACACCAUUACGAGACAACACUCUUGGAGACAGCAACUAUUAUCUGAUCAAGAUUAUGACAGGAAUGCGGCGGGGGGCAGGGACCACCUCCAGAAUUGCGUUUGUAUUGACCGGAGCCGAGGACGAUACUGGUCCGCGUGAAAUGUUCGAUGGAAUUAGAAAGGAGUUUAGCACUGGUAGCAUUAUGUCAUUCUUCAUGGCGACAAAGCAACAUUUGGGACCAUUAGAACAUCUUUACAUUUGGCACGAUAACCAGGGUGAUGGGGACGAAGCCUCGUGGUACCUCAACCAAGUUGUUGUCUACGACGUUGAAACUAAGACGGUGUACACCUUUGUUGCAGAGAAAUGGCUGUCGGUGGAAACGGAAGUAGAUACAAGUAUCUCCGUUACAGUACCUGAGACACCAGUGCAGUUUGAAAGCAGAUUUUUCUAUCAUGCACGGGACCGGCUGUCAGAAAGUCAUAUGUGGGUUUCCAUCCUAUACCGACCUCAAACAAGCACUUUCACAAGGAUUCAAAGGGCAUCGUGUGCUCUCGUGUACAUUUGUCUUACCAUGAUUGCUAACGCCAUGUAUUUUGACCCUGGCGAUGAGUACGAAAGCCCGCCUCUCGUUCAAGCUGGACCAUUUAGAUUCACAGCGCAACAGAUUUUCAUCUCAAUAGUGUGUGCCCUAAUAACAACCCCUCCAGUGAUGCUCCUCAUAUUUCUGUUCAAACGAACCAAGCGAAGACCUCCAGGAGCCGGAAUAUACUGCAGUUGUUGCUGCAGUGGAUCGUGUUGCCGAUCGUGCAGUGUUAGUUGCUGGCGAUUGUUUAGAACACCAGAGGAAGAGAAACAAAGGCUGUAUGAGCAAAUGUUGAAAACGAAAAUGCUUUGCGAGAAUGUGCCAGAAUUCUCUGGAUAUCACCUUCCCUGGUGGUGCAUAUAUUUUGCAUGGGCCUUGUUUUUAGCGGGUACAAUUGUCCCAGCGUUCUUUGUGUUGCUGUACAGUAUGCAGUGGGGAAAACAGAAGUCAGAAGAAUGGUUAACUUGUUUUUUGAUGUCCAUGUUUGAAUCAAUGCUGCUCGUGGAUCCAUUCAUGGUUGUGCUGAUCGCAUUUGUGUUAGCCUGUAUCUUUAAAACAUCGAGAGAGGACAAAACUAUCGACGUUAGUGUGAUGUGUGCAAACUACCGGAAGUCAAUAGGAGACACUCAAGAUAACGUAUCUUCAAGCAUCACCAUACUUAAACGCCUUACAGACGAAUACCGUUCCUAUGUGUCACUUCCUAGAAGCAUCACAAAACCAUUAAAGGGAGCCAACCUUGAACGAGUUGCAAAUAUCGUGAAAAAUAAACAAGAUUUAAUGGCGGUUUUCCAGGACAUUCUUCUCAAUAUGUUGUUUAUGUUCAUCAUUUUCUCAAUUGCAUUUAGCAAUCGGGAUGAUAGGUCUUACCAACUUCACGAAGAAACUAUCAACCAGUUUGUGACGCCAUGGAGAAAGCCACACUUAGCGAAGAUUAAAACCCAAGGAGACAUGUACACUUGGCUCAAUGUGUCUGUUAUACCAAGCUUAUUUCCGGAGUUCGAUAUAAACGGAAGUCCACUGCAAUGGUCCGACAAGAAAUUCAUUGCUGGUUACAAUACCAUGAGGCUUGGACCCCCCAGGCUGCGGCAGCUACGGGCAAAAAACGGCACAACAUGUAAUAUACCAUACAUCGGAAACGUACAAUGCUUUGAGGAGUACAGCAUUUUUACAGAAGAAGAGGAAGACUUUUGUAUUGGUUGGCAGAGUACGCCGUGUAACGAUAUUGAGAGUGCGUUCAAUGUUUCUGUUGAUUCCUGGAGCUUUACAUCAGCUGUCGACAUCUGGGGACUGCCUCUAUCCGGAUUCUACACAACGUACGGUGGAGGAGGAUAUAUCGCACAGUUUGACGUCGGUAGAGACGUUUCCAUCGAACUUGUAAACGAAAUGUUUCGAGCGUUAUGGGUCGAUCGACAGACGCGGGCAGUUUUCUUCGAAUUCACGCUAUACAGCCCUUCUACAAAUAUGUUUAUUUACAACGUAUUUCUGAUAGAGUUUCCACAAACUGGGGGAGCAUUCACAACCUACUGGGUGUAUCCGAUACGGGUGUAUACGCAUGUUGGCGCCAUUGGAACGUUUACCCUAUGCUGUGAAGUUAUUUUCGUCAUCUAUUUAGUCGUCCUUCUCGUUAAAUUGUGCAUACGUAUUUAUCAAAAACGAAUGGAAUUCUUUUCCGAGUUCUGGCAAGUUUAUGAGCUAGUCAUGUUUUCCCUAGGUGUCACAUCAAUUGCAAUAUUUGCUAUUCGGCUCGGGUUUACCAACAUGACAAUCAACAAAUACAAAGAAAACAUAAAAUAUUUCGUGAACUUCAGCCAUAUUGUUUUUUGGGAUCAAAUUCUUGUGGCCUGUUUGAGCAUUCUUGUGUUUAUGGCAACUCUUAGAUUUUUGGAGGUGUUUGCUACUUCAAAGAAAGUCAGUGCUUUGGUAAAUGUGUUUCGAGAAUGUGGUAAAGACUUGUUUUGGUAUGGAACGGCAUUUCUACAUAUGUUUCUAGGCUUUUCUUUCCUAGGUUACCUGCUGUUUGGAUCACGUCUGCUGUCGUAUAUGAGCGUCUUUAAGUGCUUAGGCACGCUGUUUAUUUCAAUAAUCGGGAAAAGCAAAUUUACUGAAAUCAAUGAAAUGCAGCCAUUGAUGGCUAAGAUAUUUUUCAUCUGUUACAUUUUAACAAUAGUAUUCUUUGCGUUAUCUAUAUUUCUGUCUAUUCUCGGUGCGAGCAUUGAUAGCUCUGUUCAAGAUGCAAAGGCAGAUUGUAAAGAAGAUUUAUUUGAGCUUCUAAUACGCAGAGUGAAAACAAUGUUUACAAAGCCAGAUGCCAGCAGGAAAUCGUCACCGAAUAUGCCAUCUCAGCGCUCAAGCGAUAAAAUCAAUCGAAUGUUGUCAUUGACGCCUCCUCCGUUCCAAAUGUUCCGUAUGGAGGACACACAGACCGGGUAUCAAGGGAGUAAUGCCAUGAUGAACAAGUUGCUAUCGCGAAAUAAUAUCGAAGAAAGGAUCAAGCGCCGGGAUAAAACCCGUAAAAAAUUAGUCAGGGGAAAAAAGGAGCCAGUUUCUUCGAGGUGAUUUCAUUCGUUGCAAUGAAUCGGAUAUUUGGAUCAUCGAGUUUUUUCAGACAUCACCUUAAAAAAAUACUUGAUUUUUUCAAAGAAAACAUUCGAAACUUGUUGAAUGUACUGUGUAUACACAUGUAUUUUCAUUACUAGACGUACUAUUUCUAUACUUUACUACAUGUUUAUGAAAGAGGAUUUGUAACAAAAUCAUUUGCCUCAAAACGUGGACGGUCUGCAUCAGUAUAAACGUUUUGGACAAGUUUGGACUGUUGUGAGCAUUUGACUAUAAACGGGUCACUACAGUCUAUUUCGCCGUCGGGUCGUGGAUCAACAUGUAUUUGUUAAGAUAUUCUGAAGCAUGUAGUAGAAAAGGGUAUCUUUACUGUUAAAACAUUUUUGCGUUUGGAUACAAAAGAAAUUUUAUUAUUUUUCAUGUGCUCUUUUGUCAAUAGUUUUUUAAUUGCUCAUGCUUAAUACCACGUUGUAGAUACCACGUGGUUUAAACAUCAUCUUAUUGUCUAUUUCGGACAUUUGGUUUAACCCGGACUGUAUCGAUUUGCGCUUAUUUCUUUUCACAAAAGCUCAGCAAUGUGACAAAGGUAGACGCAGAUUGACUGCAUAGAUAUUAGGUGUACGUAGGCACAUCAUGCAAUUGGUUUUGUAGCAUUUGUAUUUAAGAUAAUUAUAGGUAAAAAAAAAACAUUCGUCGCAAGAAAACUGUCUGAAAUGUAUAUCACUAUUAUGUCUUCUAUGACGUAGAAUCACUUGGUAUGUAUAGCGGAAAUGCGCUUUCAAAUAUUAUACAUAAACAAGAAACACAAUAUUAGGCUUUUUAACGUAUAGGUUUUGACUUUAUCAACCAGAUGUAAAGUGUGAAAGAACCACAAAAGAGGCAGGCGCGAUCGAGGGGUGAUAGCGAAGUUGGUUUAAGCUGCAUUAUUAUAAAAUGAAAAAAAAGCAGAAAGAACCUUUUUGAUUCACCACUCGAUACGUGUUAAUACAAAUCCCUCCAUAUUGUAUUGUUGACUCUAUAUAAGGAUUUAAAGGACUCUGAUUCAAAAAAUGAAACGUCAGUAAAUGUAAUCUUUAGUCCGCCAAGAUGAACGCAUAUAUUGUGACUCGGGGAUAGUCUAACAUAAGAAAUAGGUUACGCUCAGAAUCCUAUAUUUAUUUUCCAAUAACGUUGAUGUUAAGAUAAGUCUCGGGUCACCCUGUAUUGUAGUAUACA